AUGAGAGUGGAGGAGACGGAGAGAGUUUGUGUCCAGCUGUUUUUAAUCAUUAACAUAUCGAGUGUGAAGGUCAGAAGAGUUUCUGGAUUUAAAGUGAGACAGUUUCCUGUUCUCAGUUCACUUUAAACAGGAGCCCUCCAGCAACUCUGGCAACUCUGACAACUCUGGCAACUCUGACAGCUCUGGCAACUCUGACAACUCUGGCAACUCUGACAACUCUGGCAACUCUGACAGCUCUGGCAACUCUGACAACUCUGAAACAGCAACAACAAACUUUCUGUUCAGUCUGUCAUGUGGUCCUCAGCCGUCCUCUCUCUCCGUCUCCGAGCUUCGUGUUACCAAGGAAACAGGCGCUCCUUGGCAACGGUCAUCUCCGGAAACAAGACGUCCAGGUUGGUGCGGGAGCGGCUGCAGCAGGAGGUGGAGAAGAUGCGGACCCUGUUCUCGGGGUUCAGACCUGGUCUGGUGGUCCUGCAGGUGGGAGACAGAGACGACUCGAACCUGUACAUCAGCACCAAGUUGAAGGCUGCAGCAGAGAUUGGAAUCGAUGCAAAACACGUGAGACUGCCGAAGACAGCCACCCAGGCAGAGGUCCUGCAGAGCGUCCUGUCGGUCAAUGCGAACCCGUCGGUCCACGGUCUGAUCGUGCAGCUUCCUCUGGACUCGGUGAACGCCAUGGACACGGAGCUCAUCACCAACGCCGUCUCUCCGGAGAAAGACGUGGACGGUCUGAGCUGCGUCAACGCCGGCCGUCUGUCCCGCGGCGAGCUGGGCGGCUGCUUCCUGCCCUGCACGCCCAGCGGCUGCAUGGAGCUCAUCAGACAGACGGGCGUGUCCGUGGCGGGGAAGCACGCCGUGGUGAUCGGGCGCAGCAAGAUCGUCGGAGCGCCGAUGCACGACCUGCUGCUGUGGAACCACGCCACGGUGACCACCUGCCACUCUAAGACCCCGGACCUACCUGCACAGGUGGGGCGGGCUGACGUGCUGGUGGUAGGGGCGGGCCGGGCGGAGAUGGUGAGAGGGGAGUGGGUGAAGGAGGGCGCCGUGGUCAUCGACUGUGGGAUCAACCACGUCCCAGACGAGACGAAGGCGAGCGGUAAACGUGUGGUGGGAGACGUCCACUACGCCUCGGCCAAUCAGAGAGCAGGAUUCAUCACCCCUGUCCCAGGAGGGGUGGGGCCGAUGACGGUCGCCAUGCUGAUGGAGAACACGGUGCAGAGCGCUCAGAGGUUCCUGCUGAAGAACCGCAGCUGAACCUGCAGGUCGCACGGAGAAUGAACGAGUGAACGAGUGCUCUGCAGCAGCGUGGAGAGACCGCCGGUCGUCAUGGCAGCAGAGACGUCCCAGCAACAGGAAGUGAUCAGAAGUAUGAUCAGAAAUGUUUUGAUGAUUGAUUAACGAUCGUUGAUGAUAUAAAAACAUUUUAUAAUCCCCAGAAGUGACCAAC